AUGUACGUCGACAACAUCCAGUUGCGGUGGUAUGUGAAUUACAAUGACAUUUUCACACAGGGAGUUUUUUCCACCACAGGUCUCAGCCAGUCUCCCGGUUCAACCACACUGAGGACCGUGACUACAGUAAGGGAGGAGUCAGGGAGCGAGGACCCAAACACCUUCUACCAACCCCUACCAACUGACAUAGUAACCGUCCCCCCGAAAGUGAAGGAUGAGCUUCCAAGCAACCCUGACUACCCUUGGGGCGGAGGCUCGCCUAUCCAUCGUCACCAGAUCGUGGAUGAACCCAAGGAGCACGCCUCCAACUCCAUUGGAGCUCGGUCCAAGAUCAAGAAUUGGCUCUGGGGGAGCUCGAUCAAGAGGCUCAAGCCUCACUGGCUCGAGACUCAUCCGAAUGAUCAGGAUAGAAGCGGGGAGUAG